AAUAAAAAACGGAUGAAAUCGGGCUGUGCGUCAGUUUGCAGCUGAUCAUCACCCUUCAUCAGAGGGACUCUGAUAUUCUUUAUGUAUUCAUUCUCUUCUUUCCUGUCCUUGCACUUUUUUCUGUGAAGAAAGUUGGACUUAUAUUGAGUCUUUUUAUUGUGUUUCAUUGACUGGAUCCUUCAUUGAUUUCUGUGCAUCCUAUCUGAACGCAAACUGAGGUCUCAGGAGAAAGAACAGGAUUUCACACCGUAGAAGACAAUCUAACAAUUUUCUCAUCUGUAGCUUCUUUUCAGUUGAUUUUGUGGGUGUAACUUUUGUUCACUUGCAGUUGAUUCUCAGAGGUCCUGGAUUUCGCUUCUCCUUCCUGAUGGUCCCAUUUUACUCUGUUGCUUGACUGUCUGAUCUGUUUUUAAGCUGAAUUUUGAACUAGUUUGGACAUUGUGAGGAUGUCCGGCUGUGCCAGGUGCUGCAAACAUGGAUUAGUGAAGUUUGUUCUGUCUGUGGGCAAACUGGUGAGGGGAACACUCAUUAAAGAUAAGUUUUAUGAUGAUCUGGAGCUGUCUGUGGUGUGUCACCGUCCCGAGGGUUUGGAGCAGCUGGAGGCUCAAACCAACUUCAGCAAGAAAGAGCUGCAAGUGCUGUACAGAGGCUUCAAAAACGAGUGUCCCAGUGGUGUGGUCAACGAGGACAUGUUCAAGCAGAUCUACUCGCAGUUCUUUCCUCACGGCGAUGCCAGCACAUAUGCACAUUACUUGUUCAACUCCUUUGACUCUUCCCAGAAUGGAUCCAUCAAAUUUGAGGACUUUGUAGCGGCUUUGUCCAUUUUACUUAGAGGAACAACAACAGAGAAGUUACAGUGGACCUUCAACCUGUACGAUAUUAACAGAGACGGUUACAUAAAUAAAGAGGAGAUGACUGAUAUAGUGAAAGCCAUAUAUGACAUGAUGGGCCGCUUCACGUAUCCCGCUCUGAAGACAGACACUACCAAACAGCACGUGGAUGCUUUCUUUCAGAAAAUGGACAAGAACAGAGAUGGAGUUGUCACUCUUGAUGAGUUUAUUCUCUCCUGUCAAGAGGAUGAAAACAUCAUGAGAUCAUUGCAGCUCUUUGAGAAUGUGAUCUAGAGCCACAGGAAGAAAGAAACCAAUGAACUGUUGAAUCUGAUCAAAAAAAGGAGGAAUAACUUUUACCCCCAAUCACCAUGGUUACAGCUUGACAUCACCUUUUUACCAUGGCAAUAUGCCGACUGUUUGAUUUACGUGCUGGGAAAACGGUUUGUCCUUCAUACCCCGGUGUUUGACCUCAUUCUGUUGCAAAUAUGAUACACUAAUAACUAACAAAAAUGGAUCUAGUUAAAAAGAACGUGUCAGUAAUUGUGUGUCAAAGGCCCAGUGGGUUUCCUAGAGGUCCUGUAGAAGCCAGCUGAACUCUUUAGAAGGGAUUUCAUUUACUGUGAAGGAUUUGAAAAUUUAUCACUGAUAUCUGAUGCAUUUUAAUUCUCGGUACGUUUUUGCUGAACAACAUCCGAUACACUCGACCUGUGAUAGCUCUCCAGCUAAUGUGCAACAAAUAUUCAGCACAUCUUAUCCUAAGGCCAUUUUUAUGUGUUUGUCAUUUGGCUAGAAAUGCUAAUCCAGUUGUAUAACCAAUGGUUUUCUCAUGAACCCACCAAUUAACAGUCAUUUUGCAGAAGUUUCUUGUCUGCUGUGAAGUGACAGUGUUGCGCUGUUUGUUUUUGACAGUAUUUGUCAUGUGCUUGUGCAUCUCGUCAUCUUGACCAUCACUGCUUGCUGUUCGUGUCCAUUAUUACUGAUAGUCUGCAUUCGUCACUCGUCUCAAGUUGGCUUGUGAUUGCCCUUAGCUCUGCCUACUCAAAUAUCUGCUUUCUGAUUGGUCUGUUUGUCUGUCAGUGUCACAGGGAGAAGAUCUGACAUCAGGUCACAUUUCACCCCAGUAUCCUCAACAUGUGGUUCUCUUUAAUGAAGUACGGUGAUUUUAUUUAAAUAUGCAUAAAUUAAAGGCAGCAGAUGUCUUAUUUCUUAU